GUGCAUAAUGGGUUUGAUCCAGUUUUGAGUGGGUUGUUGCCGGCAGGAGAGCUCUAGGGAUGGGUGCUCUCCUGGCGCGGCUCAUCUGGUCGACCUUCAGCUCGAGAUCGUUAGCACUUCAAGUUAAAAACAGGUCUACUGAACCUCCUGGUGGUCCAACAUUCAAACGUGGUAGACGUCCGUGGUUAAAGAGUGAUCAAUCAGAUGGCUCAGCUGACAAUAGCAUCCAGGAAGAAUUGUGUGGUCGUUGUAUUGGUAUUCUGACAAGUGGUGGAGACUCACAAGGAAUGAAUGCUGCUGUUCGCGCUGCAGUCAGAGUUGCUAUUUUCAAAGGCUUUAGAGUGUUUGGUAUUAGAGAGGGAUAUGAAGGACUUGUGAGAAACCAGAUUGACCAACUUGAAUGGAAUGAUGUGUCUGGAAUAAUGAAGUUGGGUGGAACCACACUUGGAACGGCUCGAUGUGAAUCUUUUAGAAAGCGAGAAGGACGACUUGUUGCUGCAAGAAAUAUGGUCAAGCGUGGCAUCAGUAAUUUGGUGGUCGUGGGUGGAGAUGGCAGCUUGACAGGAGCAAAUAUUUUUCGAACCGAAUGGAAGAGUCUCUUGCAAGAGCUUGUGGAAAAAAAAGAGCUGCAAGCAACAGAAACUGCGGGCGUAGAACAUCUCAACAUUGUUGGAAUAGUUGGAUCAAUUGAUAACGAUUUUUGUGGCACAGACAUAACAAUUGGUACAGAUUCGGCUCUCCACAGGAUUAUAGAGGCCGUGGAUGCUAUCACAAGCACAGCAGCCAGCCAUCAGCGUUCGUUUGUUCUUGAAGUGAUGGGCAGACACUGUGGAUACUUAGCAUUAAUGUCAGCAUUGGCUGUUGGAGCAGAUUGGGUUUUUAUUCCUGAAGAUGCUCCAGCUCAAGGAUGGGAGUCAAGAAUGUGUGAAGGACUGAAACGAGCUCGUGAGGGUGGACGUCGAUACAGUCUGAUCAUUGUUGCUGAAGGUGCUAUGGAUCAGCAAGGACAAGCAAUCACAUCACAACACGUCAAAGAGGUUAUUCAGGCAGAACUGAAUCAUGACACUCGCAUCACUGUUCUCGGACACGUUCAGCGUGGAGGGACACCAUCUGCGUACGAUCGUAUUCUCGCUUGCAGAUCUGGAGCUGAAGCGGUGCUUGCAAUUUUGGAAGCAAAUCCUGACACUCUGCCGUGUGUGAUAGUUAUGCAAGGCAAUCGAAUACAGCGACAAUCUUUAAUGGAAUGUGUGAGGAAGACCCAGGAGGUUGGUCAGGCACUGAAAUCUAGAGAUUACUCCCAGGCAUUGGAGCACAGAGGACGGUCAUUUGCUAACAACUUGAGUUUAUUCAAGAAACUGAAAGCCGCAAAGCCUCCGGAUGUAGACGAUGAAGCGAAUCAAUUUACAUUCGCUGUCAUGACGGUUGGUGCACCAGCGUGCGGCAUGAACAGCUGCAUCCGUGCCUUCUCUCGCAUGGCCCUUUUUGCUGGUCAUAAAGUCAAAGCCAUCUACGACGGAUUCCCGGGACUGGUCGAUGGAAAAGUUGUAGACUUCAACUGGAUGUCAGUGAACGAAUGGGCUAAAGAAGCCGGAUCGAUGCUUGGCACCAAUAGAUCGAUGCCGUCAGACUGUGAUGAGUCGCUUGUCUCGGUUGCUCGGAGAUUGGACGAACACGGCAUUCAGGGUCUUCUUAUUGUUGGUGGAUUUGAGGCGUAUCAUAGCAUGUUGCAGUUGACUGAGGCUCGAGAUCAAUUUGCUGAGCUUCAAAUACCAAUGGUUUGUGUUCCCGCGUCGAUCAGUAACAACAUUCCUGGUACGGAUGUGAGUUUGGGUGCAGAUACAGCAUUGAAUGCAAUUGUUGAGGCAUUGGAUGUUUUGCAAAAGUCUGCGACUUCUAACCGUCGGCGAGUGUUUAUUGUCGAGACUAUGGGUGGAUAUUGUGGGUACUUGGCGACGCUUGCGGCAUUGGCAGGUGGGGCAGAUGCUGCCUAUAUCUUUGAGGAGGAAUUUACUAUUAAUGAUCUUCAGACCGACUUAAGGCACAUGAUCGGCAAGUUCAGGUCCGACAUGCUUCGCGGAACGAUUGUCCGAAACGAGUGGUGCAGCAAACGCUACACGACACACUUCCUCACAUCUCUUUUUGCCGAAGAAGGCAAAGACUUGUUCGUCACUCGUGAACUCGUUCUCGGUCACCUACAACAAGGUGGGGCACCAUCGCCUUACGAUCGAUGCCUCGGCGCAAGAUUCGCUGUCAGAGCUCUCAGUAAUCUCAUCCAGGGAGCUACAGAUAAUGUCUGUGAUGGGGUUGUGAGUGCUGUUAGUGCGCAUACUGCAUGUGUUGUUGGUGUGGUGGGAAAGAAAUCAACUUGUAUUCCAAUACAAGAGCUGAAGAAGAAAACCGAUUUUAAACAUCGAUUACCACUGGAUCAGUGGUGGCUGACAUUGCGUCCUCUCGUCAAAGUACUCGCACGCUCACGUCAUUACGCUUUCGAAGGAGAACGAUAUCAAGCCGAACGAGAAGAUCAAGAAACAUGCGCCUCAGUCUGGACAGACGACGUGAUUUAGACCAAGCGACUAUCUCACACACUACAGUGAGCCUUCUCUAUAGGUAGUCGUUCUUGUUGGCAUUAUUACGAGGGAAAACCACUGUUGUCAUGGUAACCGAAAUUGUUAUUUAAUUUUAUCUGUAUGCGUGCGCUGUAUGUAUGCGCAUGCGCAUUUGUUUGUGUGGGUGCAGUAGAGGAUGUUGCCUGUUAAUAUCGUGUUUUAUGAUGAGCACUCUUUAUUUCA